UGGUAAUGAAAUUGGUGAUAAAGGAGUAUAAAAUAUUGCAUUAAGCUUGAGUAACUGCACUUAACUUAAAAAUUUAGCUUUUAGCUCAGAUAAUGAUGAGAAGUUUCUAAAAUCCAGAGAAAUUAUCAACUGUAAAAAUAUAAAGUUAUUGAAUAUAUUUAUCAAUGAAUUGCCUUAAUAAAGAAAAACAUAAAUCAAAAGAUUAGCUCAAAAAAUAAAAAGAUUAGUAAAACUAAAAAUAGAUUGAAUUUACUAAAAUCAAUAAUUUAAUAUUUAUUUAUUGAUAGUAUGAUUAAAAAUAAUUGAUUAAUAAAUAAUUAAUAAAC